UUUUCGAUGAUGACGGUGACAUGGCGACUGAAAAGGCCUCCAGCACAAGCGCACUGUCCACUCCAAUGGUGGUUCUCCAAGAUGCUGAGGAGGAUAUCCCUUUCCAGAAGCCUGAUAAAAUGGCCCAACAGCUUCUCUCAUUUUUUACCUUUGGUGGCAAGAAUGGAAUUGCUGACAGACAUGAGGCCCCUCUUUGGAAGCAUGGAAGCCCUGCAACGCCUUGUAUGGUAUCAAGGCUUGCUGAGACGGCUGGACCUUGGGAGCAUGUGGCCCUUUUGACGAUGAUAAUAUGUUCUGCCAAUUGGAUGCCCUCUCCUGUGCCGACUCCUUGCAACAAGGACCUAUUGCACAGCAAUUGCUAUCGGUUCCUUCAUCCUCCUGUCGAUUGGCAGAUGCCUCAAUUUGAUUUCCCUUUAUGGAUGUUCAAAGGUUGGCAUUCUUCCCUCCUAUAUUCAGGCAAUUCACCACUUAUCUGCGGCUUCACCAUGCCAGGACACAACCUACUGGCUCUGACCCUUUGCUUCUCCUUAGACUACAACCAGCCGCCUUUUGAUGCUUGUAACAACCACAAUGUUCUGGAACACUGUGCUCAUGAGACGCUCUCCAUUCAUUUGGAUCAAUAUACUCAUGGCAGAAGGGAGCAAGAACACAAGGCCCAAUCAAGCUUCAAUACAGGCAGCACAACACACACACAAAAAACACAGAAAACAACAGAAAAAAUACGCCGCCUCGAGUGGCAAGAUCGUUUGAAUAAUAUACCCAUGGGUAGGGUACAUACAUCUAUUUGA